AUGAUCAAAGCGGCUGAGUACGGCGAGACAUCAUGGGAGCUGCAGGUGCACGUGGACCAAAAAGAUGGCGAUGAAUCUAUGCGUUUCAAGCUGCGCGUGAAGGGCGACCUGCAUAUCGGAGGCCUCAUGCUGAAACUGGUAGAGAAGAUCAAGGCUCCCCAGGACUGGUCGGAUCAUGCACUAUGGUGGGAGCAGAGGAAUUGUUGGCUGCUCAAGACUCACUGGACCUUGGACAAGUACGGAAUUCAGGCUGAUGCAGACCUGCGCUACACCCCCCAACACAAAAGCGUGCUGCUGCAACUCCCCAACAUGAAAACCAUCCAAAUGAAGGUCAGCUUCUCCUGUGUGGUUUUCAAGGCAGUGGCAGAAAUCUGUCAAAUCCUCAACAUCAGGCGGUCUGAAGAACUGUCACUACUCCUGCCUCCGGAUGAUCACACCAAGAAAAAGAAAAAAAGAGGAAAACACUCACCGCUAGAGGACAUAUGGGACAUCGAUCUAGUCAGUGGCGGGCCAGGGGGCUCAGGCCCAAUGUACAGCAAGACCAUGACAGCCACCUAUGACCCAGAGAACGGAAUGCCAGUCUCAGCCACCAGCCUGUGGUUUGGCGAUAACCCCCUCGCCGAUUGCCAACCUAAUCUACCACCUGCUGAGCUGGCCAAACUCUACCAGCCUCUUUCCUUGGAAGACAAAGCCAUCAGAAAUGCUGGAUGGCUGGACUCUUCACGCUCCCUCAUGGAACAGGACGUUCAAGACCACGAUAAGCUGCUACUGCGCUUUAAGUACAAUGUCUUCUUUGACCUCAAUCCUAAAUACGAUGCUGUGAGGAUAACACAGCUGUACGAGCAGGCUCGCUGGUCCAUCCUGCUGGAGGAGAUCGACUGUACCGAAGAGGAGAUGCUCAUGUUUGCGUCACUACAGUAUCAUAUCUGUAAACUAACUGUGUCCACUGAGCCACUGGACCACUCCAACGAGCAGGAAAUCGAUGAAGUAGAAGCUGCUCUCUCCAACCUGGAGGUGACACUGGAAGGCGGCGUCUCGGACCGAAUUCUGGAAGACAUUACAGACAUUCCAGAGCUGGCUGAUACCCUCCGCCUUUUCAGACCGAAAAGACUGACACUGCGGCCUUACAAAGAGUACUGGUUUGUAUUCAAGGACACCACUAUCUCCUACUACAAGAACAAGGAGGCCGCCACGGGAGAACCUAUAGAGCAGUUUCACUUACGAGGCUGUGAGAUCGUUCCUGACGUCAAUGUCACGGACAAAAAGUUCGGUAUCAAGCUCCUCCUGCCAGUAGCUGACGGGAUGAAUGAGGUGUACAUUCGAUGUGACAACGAGACACAGUACGCCAAAUGGAAGGCAGCGUGCAUCCUAGCCUCUAAAGGCAAAACUAUGGCGUACAGCUCAUACAAGUCGGAAGUACGCAGCAUUCAGUCCUUCUUGCAGAUGAAGAGUUUGGCGCCCCCUCCAGGCCAGGCGGCGCCAGACCUGGACUCUAUGGAAAUGAAUGCCGAGUGUUUUGUAUCGCCACGGUAUGCCAAGAAGCAAAAGACCAAGCAGCUCACAGCACGGAUCCUGGAGGCUCAUCAGAACAUAGCACGCUUGUCCCUCAUGGAGGCCAAGAUGCGGUUCAUCCAGGCUUGGCAGUCGCUCCCCGAGUUCGGGAUUAACUACUACAUCGUCAGGUUCAAGGGGUGCAAGAAGGAUGAGAUCCUCGGCAUCUCGUACAAUCGCCUGAUCCGUCUCGACAUGUCCACCUGCCUGCCCGUCACCACAUGGAGGUUCGCCAACAUGAAGCAGUGGAACGUCAAUUGGGAGAUAAGACAAGUGACCAUAGAGUUCGACCAGAACGUGACCAUAGCUUUCUGCUGCCUGAGUUGCGACUGCAAGGUGGUGCAUGAGUUUAUCGGUGGAUACAUCUUCCUGUCGACACGGUCCAAAGACCAGAACGAAACCUUAGAUGAAGAACUGUUCCACAAACUGACUGGAGGUCAAGAAUGA